AUUUUUUAAUAAAGAAGGUGAUCAACAGUUUCAAAAAGUGGGGACCUCUGUCCUAGGCCGACCAUCUACUUUUUUUGUGAUAGUCCACCAAACAUGUUAAAAUAAUAUUGACUAGGUUUCUGCUCAUCACAUUUCAGCUUUAACACCACCAUAAUUAAUGGUGGAGCGCUUCCACAGUUUUGUAGUUUUCUGAUUUAUUGCCACAGAUUGUUAAUUAACCUCCACUAUAGAUUUGACAAGCUAGGUUACUAAUUCCCUUCAGUCAGAGCUCUUGGGAAUCACUAAAGCAACGGAAAUGGGAAUUAAUUGGGUUUCUAGAAGAGGAAUGGAUUUUGAGGUGGAAUUUGGAGCAGAAUUUCACAGAGAAAGCGCCUCAGGGCUUGCAAAUCAGCUAAAGCACAGUUGGAGGUCUUGAUGAUUCCACGGAACAGCGCCUAGAACGGAUGGGGUUGCUGCAAUGUGCGAUAAGGCAGACCUAAUCGUGCAGUGAGGGUUUUAUUCGCCAAGCCAAGGCGUCAGAACUUUCCCCGCCGGCACCACGGAGCCUUCCAAGGUUCUCAGCAGGUGAGCGGACCAACCAGAUUGGCAACCUAGAGAUCCACUUUUAAAGUUCCUCUGGCGCGCCCUUGCAACACGCGCCCGCUUCCAGCCCGCGCCCACCCACAGGCCAGCUUAGCGGUAGGUGGUGACGGGGUCCCCCGGGCUGCAGCGCGAGGUCCCACCGCGCCGCCUGGUACACUGCUCUGGGCGCCGAACCUGGGCGCGACCUGGCCGCCGAUUGGACGGCUCGGGGCGACCCCGCUGUAUCGCGAGACGAGAUUGGCAGCGCGGGGCCGCAAGUGCCCCCGCGCUGGCUUUGUACGCGGAGCCGCCUGCCGGUUCUUUAACAAUGGGCGGCGCGGGCGCCCCGGCGCAGGGCUGCAGCUGAGGCCAGUGCUUUGCAACCCGCGGUCCGCAGCAUGAGUGGGGCCGGCACACCGCGCGCGCCGGCGGGGCUGUGGCUGUGACGGCCGCGGUUCCGGACUGAAGUUACGGCGUCCGGCUGGGCGCGCCGCCGGGUCCCAUGGAGCUGGAGGGGCAGUGGUGGCGAGGACAGCUGGCUGCUGACAUCCACCAAGCGCUUCGGUACAAGGAGCUGAAGUUGCCCUCCUACAAAGGCCAGUCCCCUCAGCUAAGUCUCAGAAGGUAUUUUGCUGACUUGAUUGCCAUUGUGAGCAAUCGCUUCACACUCUGCCCUUCUGCCAGACAUCUUGCUGUCUAUUUAUUGGACUUGUUUAUGGAUCGCUAUGACAUCUCUAUCCAGCAGCUGCAUUUAGUUGCGCUUUCCUGUCUGCUUUUGGCAAGUAAAUUUGAAGAAAAAGAAGAUAGUGUGCCUAAGCUGGAGCAGCUCAACAGCCUGGGUUGUAUGACUAAUAUGAAUCUAGUAUUAACAAAACAAAAUUUGCUACAUAUGGAACUAUUACUAUUGGAAACCUUUCAGUGGAACCUCUGCCUUCCAACAGCUGCCCAUUUCAUCGAGUAUUAUCUCUCUGAAGCAGUACAUGAAACAGAUCUUCAUGAUGGCUGGCCAAUGAUUUGUUUGGAAAAAACUAAACUCUACAUGGCCAAAUACGCAGAUUACUUCCUGGAAGUGUCUCUACAAGAUUAUGCCUUUCUAAAUUAUGCACCUUCUUUAGUAGCUGCUGCAUGUGUGGCUUCUUCGAGGAUUAUACUUCGACUUUCUCCAACGUGGCCUACAAGACUACAUCGUCUUACUGCUUAUUCAUGGGAUUUCUUAGUGCAGUGUAUUGAACGGCUAUUGAUUGCUCAUGACAAUGAUGUGAAAGAAGCGAACAAACAGAGAGGACAGGCAGGCCCUCAGUCAGCACAAAUAGGUGUGUUCCAGACAGCCUCCCAGCCCUCACGGCCAGUUCACUUUCAGCAGCCUCAGUAUCUCCAUCAGACUCAACAGACCUCACUGCAGUACCGCCAUCCUGUGUCAGAGCAACCCAGCUGCCAGCAGAUUGUAUCUACCACACACACCUCAUCUUACACACUACAGACGUGUCCUGCGGGCUUCCAAACUAGUGUUCAGGGCCUUGGGCACAUGCAGACUGGUGUUGGGAUGUCCCUGGCAAUACCAGUAGAAGUUAAGCCCUGUCUGAGUGUUUCUUAUAACCGGAGUUAUCAGAUAAAUGAACAUUACCCUUGUAUUACUCCAUGCUUUGAAAGGUGAUUGUGUGUGAAGCCAAAAACUGACCCAGACUAUUUUGUGACUUGAAGGCCUGGGGCAUCCUUUUUGUAAACUUGUCUUCAGAAGAAAAGGGAUCCAAAUAACAUCAGAACUCUUCAGGUACCAGCACCAGGAGGACUGAAUAUCCGUUCAGUAUCUAUGAAUACCUAGGAGAACUAACCAAACAUUUUAACACUGUGUGUGUCGGAUCCUGUUUCAAGCAAUCCUUGUAUGACAGAAACGCUCAAGCCUGGCUGGUGGUCCAAAUAUUUCAAAAAUAUUCAAUUCAACAGAAAAUUUGGACAGAUUCCAACUUGCCAUUUUGAGAUUUGACCUGUGGUAGGCUCUGGGCCUUAUGUUCACUUAUAUGUCAAAGACUAAUGUUUGUCUCUGGACUUGCCAAACUAUCUUUUAUGAAGGAAAGUUAACAGUAUUAAUUUUUGAAGAGAUUCUUUUGUUUUAUUCAGUUUUGUUUUACUUUUGAGCUACAGGUGAAUUUCCAACUUAAGUUUAAGUUCAUGUGUUGUACCAAUUGUGCAGUUAAAUUUUUUUUCAAAUUAUCUUAUAUAAUUUCCUAUCAUAAAUAAUAGGUAUCUGGAUUUAUGUACUAAAAUUAGGGUUGGAGUAGAUCUCGUAUCUUGAAAUCACGGUCAUCAUUUUUUAGUUUAUUUGUUUGUUUUGGUUUUGUUUCCCUAAGUGAUUAACCUUAAAUCUUUAGAAUUAAAACACAUUUAACUCAGGGAAUUUGUACUACUUGGAAACAUUUAACUACAUUAACUGUAAUACAACAUGCUUUGGGAAUGUUAUAGUGUGAACUACCUUUAUAACAGGUUUAAAUACUCCUGCUAGGAUGUGUUUUCAAAUGAGAAGAUACUAUUAUAGCACAGAAUGAAGUGGGGGUUCCUAUUAUUCAUAAUACAUGUAUGGGUUUUGCAUUUCUCAGUGCAAUCGGUGAUUUAUACUCAGAUUUGAUACUACUCUUUGAGACUUUUUUUCAAGAGAAGACAUAUCUGUAAAGUAUCAGUACUAGAAUAAAGUCCCAUAGGUUUAUUUUGGAGUGAAAGGUGGCCAGGGUAAUACUCAGGUUGUGCUAAUGUAGCACUUUGUAUAUGGAAGACAGGUUUUAUAAGCAACCUUGGAAUCCAGCUAGUCAGUCUAAGCAGGCAAGGGUACUGAUUACUAAAUUUCAGUAGUCACUUUCAUUAGAUUGGCCCAACUGCCCAGAGACAUUUCACUGUACUGGUAAUGAAUGAGAACAGCAGUAAUAGUUGUUCCAGCAAGGGCAAGUUAGGAGUAAAAUAUUAUGGGGGAAUUAAAAAGGAAAACAUCAUAACUGAUAAAUUACAUAUUGUGCUCUUAUCUGGGAGGAGAGAGAUUUGGUGGAGGGAAGCUUUCUGGUUUAAAAAUUAGUAAGGUAUGUAUUUUGUUUGUGUUUUUUUAAAGAUAGCACUUGAAUAGAAAAGAAUCUGCAUGGCAGAUAGGUGACCACCACAGUAUGCAUUGAAGACAAACUUAUUUUAAAGAUGUGGGUAUGCAGCAGGAGUCUCAGUAAUCAAGCCAGUGGCCUUUGUUAAGAAGGUAAGGGGCGCAACACAGUAAUGGACUGAUGCCGACAGCUCCAGUGGUUGAAUGUGGGUGGGGUGGCUUCUGCCAGCAGGAUUUCUUAGAGAAAUGUCCUUUCUUAAAAGGAAAAUAACUUUUAUACCUACCUGGAGUACAUAGGCCAUGAGGUGGAUUUAUUAGUUUGGUAAAUAAAAUAAAAACCACUCAGGUAAGAACACCUACUAUGGCAGUUUUCAAGCAUGAAACUUAUUUUCUGAAAGUAUCAUCUCUUUUCCUCUUUUAAAAGGCUGCUAAUUGGAUUUUAAUAGUUCUUACCUUAAGAAAACUUGAAUUAUUUGGAGGGAAAGUAAGUUAUAAAAAAUAAUACACCUUUCACCUUUCACAUUCACGUAGAACCCAGUAACCUGGAGUCCAAUUUUCAGUAUUUUAACUACCUCAGUAAUGCUAUGAAUGUAAGAUAUUGUGAUAGAGAUCCUAACUUGAAACAACAACCAGUGCCUGUGGUAAUUUAAUGUCUUGUCAAAUGCUUUUAUUGAUUGGUUUAUAUGUCAUUCUUGUUGUAGAAAAAUAUGCCUUUUAAAAAAGCCUAUUAAUACUUUCCCAGUUUAUAUUUUUAAAAAAGCUAAAGAACACUGGAUUAAUCUUUUGGGAGGGGUAGAAUAAAAUAAUUGAUUACAAUUGCUGCAUACCCGGGAUGUGGUCGGGUGUUUGAAGAACCAGAACCAUUUUUAAAACAAUAGGUUUCAAUAUAACUACAACUCAUAACUGUUAGCUUUGUGGGAGGGAAGUUGUGUGGGUUUUGUUUUGUUUAAUUUAUUGAUUAGUCAAAUGUUUUUGUUACGGUGGUUUUUUGUUUUUUUUUUUUGUUUUUUUUGAGAUUACUGGACCAUGAUAAAAUGUGUACUGUGAAGAGAUUAAUGAUAUGUAUAAGGGCUUAACCAAAGUCCACUUAAAUAAACACUACUCAAGUACAGACUGCAAACCAAAUGUAUCUGUUCUGACAUUAAUUGCAAAUAGUAUGGUGCUAAAGUCUACACCAAUGGAAUUAGAUGAGUGCUAUGCACUUAAUUUUAAAAUAAAACUAGUUUUCACUAAAA